AUGAAGGCUACACUCUUCAGUCUCGCGACAUUUGUCGUCGCAGCUGCCACCUCCCCCGUAGCCCUAGAGUAUCAGCAAUGCUACGGUCUCAAUGGGAAAACGACGACCUACCUCCCAUGUGCUAAGCAAUACUCUUCGCAGAAAUUUGUCUCGUGCUGUGGCACCGGUGACAUUUGUCUCUCCUCCGGUCUCUGUCUGUACGAGGGCGCUCGAGACUCUCGCGGUCUGCUGAGAGCGGACGGAUGUACAGACCCAACGCUCAAGGAUAGUAGUUGCCAGCCUUGGGCACAACCAACGGUGAAAGCUUGGGCCAACUCGAACGCCGAUACGAGCUUCUUGGCCGUGCUUGCUUGUAGCUCAGGAAAGUACUGUGCAAUUCCGGCGACCGUGCCAGCUCUUUCGGGGGAUGAGGCUGUUGGGGACGAUUGUUGCGAUAGCCAACAGUUUGAGAUUGUUUCCGGAUCAAGCUUAGGGAAGCCUGGAUUAUUCAAUGAAGAGAGGCCUUAUUCAAGCAGAAAGAUCCUAAAAGUCUGGUUAUGUGUAUUCAUUCCGUUUUCUAUUCACCCGGUCAUCCAGUUUGACUGCCCUUGA